AAAAAAAAACAAUCGCUGUUGAAAGCAAGAACCAAUACGUGGAAGAAAACCUGUUCAAAAUUGAACAUAUUUUCUCUCAGAAUAUGCAGAGUAAAGCGGGAUAUCGGGCGGUUGCUGUGUGUGUUUAUUUUGUCGUCUGAUUUACCUCAGGUGAGAGACGGUCCCGCGGGAGUCGGUGAACCGGUAAGACUGGCCCGACGGGAGUCACACCACCGUGACGCACUCAACAACAUGGCGGACGGCAGGCGGAGGGAAACAUAGCAAGGAUGAUCCUGCUCAAAUUCUAACAUCAAACGUGAUCUUUGGACGAUUUUUACCGGGAUAAUAUUGCUGUGAAAGCAUCUACACAGUACUGAACUCUCAUAAGCCUAGAGGGGGUCCCUAAAAAUACAUUUUAGCAUCAAGAAGAGACACUACCAUACAGCGCCAUGGAGCGGGUGAUACUGGACGUGCAGGGCAGGUGUCCCGACCACUACCACAGCGAUAGGCUCAUGCAGGGGUGGCAGUGCCCCCAGCCCAACCAGCCCAGCAACUUCACCCGCUGCUGCCUGAAGGUUCCGGACACACUCAGGUGUUGCGAAAACCCCAUAGGAGGCCCCGGAGCCAAGGGACUACGAGAGGAGGAAUAUCCAAUGGUUAUGUUGAGCACCAUCGUCGCUAUUUUCAUGGGCAUCGGUAUCUUCAUCGUCAUCAUGAAGAAAUUCUACCGCGACCGUCUCAAGUUCACAAGGAGGCUGUCAGCACCAAGAGUGCCAAGAAGAUACGAUGAUGACUCCGAUACGGAUAUAUCCCCGCCCGGAAGUGACGUAGAGACCGGAUACGGAAAUGCCUAUGCUUCCCAUCAUGCCCGACCGCCACCGCCCUAUGCGGUUUCAACCGGAAACGACAGAAGAGCGGCCGCCGACGACGAUAGCAUCACUGAACGGUCCUCUCUGUGCGACCCGUACGCAGACAGUGAUGAACCUCCCCCUCCGUACGAGGAGGCUCUUCAAGCGCCCAACCCGGACAACAGACCAACAACCGCUGGUUAGAGACAACAAGAAAGGCGUCAAAAAAUACAUCGGCGACGUCUGGUUGUUGUUGUUGCUUAUCUUUUGCAACUAUAUCCAGGCAAAAUGGAAGGGAGCCGAAAAAAAAUAUCAGACGGGCAUUGUAUACUUUCAGUU